CAACUUUUCUUGUAUACAGCCGUGUGCUGCUACCCGCAACAGUGGCCCAUUAAAUACCGUUCACCGCCUUAGGGUUUUGUACCGGGUGACGCCGUCGGGGAAGAUCGAGCUGAGAGUGAGAGAGAGCGAGGGGAGGAGAAAGAUGAGGCCAAUUCUGAUGAAGGGGCACGAGAGGCCCCUGACUUUUCUCAAAUACAACCGUGAGGGCGAUCUUCUGUUCUCUUGCGCCAAAGAUCAUAACCCAACCGUCUGGUUUGCGGAUAAUGGCGAGCGACUCGGAACCUAUCGAGGUCACAACGGAGCUGUCUGGUGCUGUGAUGUUUCUCAUCUCUGUUUUAUUAUGUUUUGUUUAAUAGAGAUUGGUGAUUCUAUUCUUACGAUUAAGGGCCCUCAAGGGAGGAUCAAUAGGGCUGUUUGGGGACCUUUAAAUAAGACUAUUAUAAGUGCUGGUGAAGAUACAUUUGUCAGGAUAUGGGAUUCUGAGACUGGCCAGCUUUUGAAGGAGUCGGACAAAGAGACUGGCCAUCAAAAAACUAUUUCUUCACUAGUAAAGUCUGCUGAUGGCUCUCAUUUCCUCACAGGUUCCUUGGAUAAAUCAGCUAAGCUUUGGGACUCAAGAACAUUAACUCUUAUCAAGACGUAUGUGACAGAGCGUCCGGUAAAUGCAUGUGCUAUAUCUCCGCUUCUUGAUCAU